AUGACUUGGUUUUCCUUAAUUGUCAUUUUACAGUUAGCAAUGUGGGGCAGUUCAGAAGAGCCACCCGGCACCAUAGAGGCUGGCCCUCCUGAAUCAGUGCCUAAUUUAAAAGAAACUUGUGAACAGAACAAGAACCAAUUAGAAGCUGUGAAGGACAUAAUGCUCAGAAACAAGCAAAGCUUAAAAAAAAAAGAAGAAGAAUUACAGGAAUAUGCCAAAAAAUUGUCAAAAUUCAAAACUCGAAAGGUCUCACGUCCUACUAAAGAUGGUGCAACGUCUUCCAGUGACAGUACUCCAAAAUUCAAGUCUGAAAUAAGCAUAACCGAGCUGUCCGAUGAUACUGUUGAUGACAUUAGCCAAGCCAAAACACCAAAAGCCAAGUCUUCGUUAUUGCAGAGAAAACUUGCAGAAGACAGAAAAAUUUUUGAACAACGAAGCAAAGAAUUAACUGAAAGCAAGAGGGCUGUUGAGGAAAAAGUUGAAGCAUUGAGACAGCAGCUUGAAGAAACAUAUGUGGCACCUGUUGUGCCUGUCAAUCCAGUAUUAGUUCCAUCUCAGACUCCCCACAAUAUUCUAGAACUUAGUAACGUUUUAGACAAAGACAAUAAAAUUACGGAAUUGAACACCAAGAUUCUCGCAUUAGAAGCUACAAUAAUCGAUCUUCAAGACAAUCUAAAAGAAAAAGAUUCUGUUAUAGAUUCUAAAACUAAAGCCAUCACGUUAAUGUCGGCCGAUUUGUCGAGAAAAGGAAAAACGACUCUGGACACUCUAGAAGAUACAAAAGAUGAAAUGCGAUCUAUGCAGCAAAAUUUCGUUUUGGUAGAAGAGUCUUUAAAAAUAAAAAAUGAUAAUUUACUUAAACAAUUGGAAGAAAAAACUAAUCAACUAUUCAAAUUUGAAGAAAAUAUUCAAAGUUUGACUGAAAAACUUGAAGCCCAAAAAGAAGCUGGUAAUGUAAAUGCUCAUUUCUCACGGUCGACUAUGGAUACAUUGGCCGAAACAAAAGAUGCAAUGAAAUCAAUGCAAGAAAAUUUUGUUUUGAUCGAGUCUUCACUAAAAUCCAAAAAUGAGCAUUUGUUAAAACAAUUGGAAGAGCGAGAAAUGAAAUUAGCUGAGGCUGAGGCAAGAAUUCUUAAUCUUGAAUCUGGUAUUGGCAUACAGCGUCAUCCUGACCUCGACGAUCUACUGUAUAAAAUUGAAAAAUUAGAAAACACAAAUCGUAAAUUUCAAGAUGAAAAGUACGAAUUGCAAAAGAGUAUUGCCGAUAUGCAAGACAAAAUUGUCGCGGGACAAUCUGAAAGCGUAGAAGAUUCGAUUACACAAAAGGAUAAUAGAAUAAUGGAACUGGAAGCUAUCGUAGAAGAUUUGAAGAAAUCUAAUGAAUCGUUAGAAGAAAUAAAUUCUCAACUUCAAAUCGUCAAUGAAAAGAAUGAUGAAAUGUCGAAAAAAGUAUUGGAUUUGGAAAUUAAAGUUCAAGAUUUGGAGAGCGAAAAAGACAAAUUAGCUGAGAAAUUAAACACUCAAAAAAGCGAAGCGAGCAAAAACGAUGAGGAAGAUCAGAAGGCAAAAGAAUUGGACGAAUUAAAUAAAACUAUGAUCAAAUUGAAGGCACAGCACACAAAGAAGGUGAAGAAUUUGCAGAAGCAACUGGAGAACUUUAAAAAGGUAUCCGACACAAACGCGGAGUUAGUCAGACUUGGAAACCAGGUUGCACUGUUGGAGGAAGAGAAAGGUAACCUUCAGCUGAGUCUGGUAGACUUUGACGAGCUUAAAGCGUCCACGAGUGAAUGGAAGGAGCGAAUCGGCGACCUUGAAGGUAAAGUCUCGGCUCAGGCAAAAGAGAUAGAAGCCCACAUCGAGGCCAUUGCUAUCUUAGAAAAUCAGAAGCUGGAUCUGAUGCAAGAACUACACGCGGUCAGGCAGGAGGUGUCGGAUUUAGAAGCUGAGAACGCCGAGUCUGACAACCUCCGCGUGAGCGCUGAGAUGAAGGUGGUCAAUUUAGAAGAGGAGUUGGAAUCGUUAAACAGGCUGAGCAAGCAGCAGCAGCAGCAAACAGAGGAGUUGCAGAAGCAACUGGAAAGCUCGAGCCAGGAGAACGAGCGCCUCGCUCUGAAGAUCAGCAAGAUCGAGGAGUUGAAGAGUUCGUCGGAGUCGUUUGUCAAGACAGGCUCUAACGUCGAUUCUACCGAGUCGUUCGAGGCGCUUACGACGGAUGCCGAUAAAACUGAACUGCUGCGCAAAAUCGACGUGCUAACGCGCGAGAACGGAGUACUGCUUGAGAAGCUUGCGCGCUUCGAGGAGAAGGCCGCUUCCUCGUCGGAAGAUAGUGCUGGCUCGACCGAAUCUUUCGAACGCAUAGCUCCAGUUUCGAGCGAAGAGCUACGUCAAGAGCGUGAGACUUCUAGCAAGCAUGAAGUCGAAGAGGAGGUAACGGUAACGGUUAGCGUUAAUACGCAGCAGUCGUCUAAGCAUGCCGACCUAUUGGUGAGCGAGUCACAAAUGCAGCAACAACAACAGCAACGGCAGCAGGACGAGGACAAGGCAAAGUUUGCUCUACUCGAACAGGAGAUCAAUCAGUGCAACGCUGUGAUAGCUGAGCAGAAGAGCGAGAUCGAGGAUAUGAAGUUGAAGUUGACCGAGAAAGAGGAAAUGAUCGAGCGUCAGUCUAAUCAGCUAUUUGGCAACCAGUCUGACCAGGACGAGGUACAGGCAUUGCGUCGAGAGCUCGAGGACAGUGCAAGCCUCGUGGCUGAGAUGCAGCGGAAAUGUGCCGACAUGCAGAGCAAGAUAGACCAGCUCGAGCAGAGCAAGCUGAACAUUGAGGAAGGCCUACGUGCCCUUGAAAACGAGAACAGGGCUCUCGCGGCACAAUCGUCGAGCAAGGAAGUGAUCAAGGAAGAACUGGACGCGACAAUCGCUAGCUUGGAGAAAAGAACCGCCGAGCAAAGCGAAACGAUCGCUGGCCAGGAAGCUCUCGUCAUCCAGUUGCGUGACGACCUCCAAUGCAAAGAUGAAGAGUUACAAGCCAAGGUUGCUCAGCUCGAGGGUAAUCUCGUACAGAUGGAUGAUUUACGGGAUCAAUUCUCCAAGCUGGAGGCUCAGCUGCAGCAGCGCGAUGCAAGUCUUGUCUCGCUUGAUGAAGAACUCGGUGUACUCAGGAACAACUCCAGUCUUAUCGAGGAAGAGUUAUUUACCGCGAGACGACAACUAGUGGAACUACAGGACAGACUAGAACGUAGCAAGAGCGUGGAGGAGUACAACCAGGUGUUGGAGAGACUUGGCGAACGUGAAAUGCAAGUUGACGAACUGGAGUCGAAACUGUCUCAACGACAAGCCGAGAUAAACGCUCUGAAGUCCUUUGCCGAGAGUCUCGAGGCCGAGAAUAGACAAUUACGUAACCAGCUGCACGAGGAAGAGCGCAAAACGGCAGACCUACUCGAGAAUCAUCAAGCCCAAGAGCAGUCGCUUCGAAGCGCCGAGCUCGCCAAGGCCGAAAUUGAGAAUCGACUGUUGGACCUCCAGGCUGUACAUGAGCAGAAUCUGCGUCAUGCGAGCAAUAUUAGCCAGGAGCUUCAGGAUGCCUACCGGAUGCUCGAGCAGUUGAAAAACAAACACAGCGAGGAUAUGAAAAUGAACAACCGUAGACUUGAGGAUCUGAUGGUAGAGUUGGAGGCACGCAAUAGAGAUCUUACGAGCAUACAGAAUGAACUCGACGAGAAAAAUAGUCUCGUGCAGGCAUACGUUCCUGAUGAAGUGCGCCAGGUUCUCGAGGAACGAACCGUCGAACUCGAAGCCAAACUAGUCGAAGCGGAAGAGAAAGCCCAAACGCAGCUCGAGAAGAUGAAAAAGUACGCCGCUCUGGCCAAGAAAAAGACGACCCAGGUCGAGGAACUUGAGGCCAAGCUCAAGGAACUCGAAGACAAUCUUGGCCUGGAGAAGAGUGAAAAAGAGGCGCGAAAUCGGGAGCUGCAAGAGUCGCGCUCGCAAUCUCAGGAGAAAGACAAUAGAAUCGUUGAACUUGAGCAAGAGUUGCAGCAAGCGAAAAACGAACGUGACGAAGCCACGCGUGAUGUCGAAGUCACGAAGUCACAAUUGAACGAGGUCCAUGACAGACUGAGCUCGUACGAAGAACAGCUGAAGGAACUCAGCGAAGCCAAGGACAACGCUCGAGAGUUGGGAGUGCGCAUGCAGGUAAUGGAAGCUGAGUACAUGGAACAACUUGCCGAGAUCAAUUCACUGAAGACCGGCAACGGGAUGCUAUUGUCAAAGCAGGCUCAGAUAAACGAGCGUCUUGAGAACGUGGAAAAGGAGUCUGAGGAACGGCGAAUUCUUCUGGAGAAGCUGGAGAAAGAAAAGGAGAUUGAAGAUAGCCGAAAAGCCGAGAGUGCGACGCGGUUUCAAGAGCUCGAGGCAAAGUUGCACGAACGAGACGCCGAGAUUGAAAAUCUCGACAACGAGCUGCACAACUCUAUUGAUAACCUCGUGCAGAUGCAGGAGAGCUUGCGACUCAAUAGCGCCGCGCCCCAGGCUGCUUUACAGCAGUCGUAUGACGAGCUUCUGACUCAGUUUAACGUGCUGAGUGCGAAUAGUGAAGAAACCAAGGCCAAGCAUGAAUUGCUGAUCAAGGAAAAUGAAGGAUUGUCGGAGCGAAUUAUUAGGCUGCAGGAACUUAACGCCACCAUGCAGGAGCGGAUUCAGGCGGUGGAGACUGAAUUGUCCAAAGAUGCAGAGACCGCGGUUACCCUGGAAGAUUUGAACGCUCGUUACAGCGAGCUGCUUCGUCAAUUUGAUGUGCAAAAAGCUGAUUUGGAGAGCGCCAGAGUCAGAUUGCACGAGGCGUUGGCUACCAGCGAAAACAGCGAGCAUCAACUGCGGGCACGUAUCUCAAUGCUCGAGCAGGAGAAACACAAUCUUCUUCGAGAGAUCGUCGUUGAGGCGAAUGCUGCAAUGGCUGCUGAGGGUUGGGGUUUCGACGAAAGUUCGCCGAUAAUUGACGUCGCGGCAUCUCAACAACCAAUUGUCGAAAACGUGGAAAAGCGCCAGAAGAGAGAAAUCGAGGUCGAGUCCGUCGCAGACGACGCGGCACCGGCACUGUUUGAUCCCUCGGUGUUUGGUGCGUCUCCGCCCAGACCUGGCAAUCUCGAUGGCCUACUAGGAAGUGCAAUACAGCAUGAUUCGAUACUGCAGCCGGAUCUCGAGAGGAGUACAACGGAAUUAGAGCAGCUGAAAACUACGGUAGCUUCGUUAGAAGCAACUUUAGCUACUAGUCAUGCCAAUCAAUUCCGACUUGACUGUGAAAUUUCUUCGCUGAAAGUGGAGUUAAAGCGCACGCAAGAAUUUCUCCAAGAGAGGGAUACACGUCUAGGGGCCAUGGAUAAUUUCCUCGAGCAAAUAAAGCACGACAAGGCUGAGCUUGAGCACGCGAUAGACGUGAUUUUGAGUAACAUGGGCGUCGCGCAGGAUUCGCUUAACGUUACCGAGAAAUUAAGUCACUUGAACCAAAGAAUAGCUGACUUAAUUCAAGAGCUGAAUACUGUGAAAGUCGACAACGAGCAGUUGAGUGCAGCCGAGGAAGUGUGCAAAAGGCGAGCACUCGAGCUCGACAGUCAGCUGAAGGUUGCUAAUGAGAGUGUCAUCAUUGCCGAGCUGGAAGAGCGUAUUGCUCGAAUAGUAGGUGAAAGAGAUCUGUUGCAGCUCCAAUUGAACGACGCGACUCGCUCGUUCGAUGAUCAUAAGAUCGAGUUGCAGGAACAAUUGAACGCGCUGGUACAGGAGAAGAAUCAACUACAAGCGCAGCUUGCCUCUACUGAGUCAAAGCCAGUUGCAAACAUGAACAUUCCGACAACGGUGGAGGCGAAUCCACAAGGUGGUGACAAAAUGCUUGCAUCUAUAUGGGACGAGAACGAGGAAGAUCCUUGGGGCUUUAACGAUAAGGCAACGCAUGAAGCUCACGUUCAUAUUCCCGUUGUUCCGAGUGCCGAGCUUCAACUUCAGCUCAAACUCGACGAGUUGGAGGAAAAAUUAUCAGAGUUGGCGGAAGAAAACACGAAACUCCGAGAAGAGGGUAAGACAGCGCAGCUGAAAAACGUUAAAUAUGUAAAAAAACUAAAGGAAUACAAAGUGCAAUUAGAUAGUGUGCAACGUCAAUUAAAGACACAAUCGGCUUUGGGUGGCUUCGGUGCUGAUCUAGAUUCCGCCAUCGAGGAGGAACUCAAGAAUCAAAUCACCGCUCUAGAAAAGGCACUAAGCGAGGCGAAAGAGGAAGGCAAAAAAGCUCUUCUGGAGAAGGAUAACUUACUCAAGAGAAUAGACGUGCUUACCGCGGCUACUGAACGCUUCACCGAAGCUAAAGAGAAGCAAGACACCGAAGUACACAUCUGGCAGAUGAGGUACAAAGAAAUCGAGCUGAAAUUGCAUCAGAUGGAGGCAGCGACAGAUCAGGAGUCGUCGUCACUACCUCCGGUGUCGAGCGCUGAAUCUGUUUCUAAUGAAAAAUAUGAGCGAGAGAUAAAUGAGCUCCGAGAAAGUGUCGAAGGUUUGGCAGCGGAGAACGACGAACUACAGCAACUACUGGAAGAGCAACGCUCCAAGAGACAGACUUUGCACGACGAUCAGGCGGCUCGACUCGACGAGCUGAAAGCUAACAAUAAUGAGUUGAUUUCACGACUGGACGAGCUGCAGGCCAAGAAUGCCGAGUUAACGACGAACAACGAUAAGCUAAAGAGUGACUACGAAACUUUAAGGCGCCAAUACGAGCAAAGCUUGAUGGAUGCCAACGAACAGGUGCAGAACACUCGUCAAAAUUUCGAGCUUGCCAAGGCUGAACUCAUUGAAAGAAAUGAAAAACUAACGGAACAAUUGCGAUUGGUCUUAGAAGAGAAAGAGUAUCUCGAGACCAAAGUUACUGAACUGCAAUCAGAUUUGAAGCAACUGACCGUCUUGAAGGACCAAUUCCAAGAGAACCAGGCGAUGAUGGAAGGCAAACUUAAGGAGCUCGAGCUUUCAAUCGAAGGUUACACGGUCGAGGUGCAUGAAAAAGAUGCGCUAAUCCAGUCGUUGCUAGCUCAGCAUGCUCAAGCGAUGGAUGCAUCAACUCUGCAACUCACGCAAGCCCAUCAAGCAAUCGCUAAUCUCCAGUCCGAACACAGUCAAAAAGAAUCUGACGAAUUACGCAGGUUGCAAGAUGAACUGAACAACGCGAGAGUUGACCUGGAAGAUACGAAGGCGAAACUGCAAGUCGCGUUGCAAGAACAAAGCAGUAAAAGUACCGUUUCAGCUGAAGAAAACAUUCCCAUAUUUACAUUCGAAAGCGACAGCGACAGCAAGGAGAUCAAGAGUUUACGAGCCGAACUUAAAGCUAAAGAGUUGGAGAUCGAGCAUCUGUCGUAUUCGCUGAACGAAGGCUCGAUGACGCGCUUGGUGCAAGAGUUGCAGGACAACAUAAACACUCUGUAUAACGAGAAAGGCGAACUAGAGGAUCGCUUGGUUGAGAAAGACAAGCAGAUCGAACAAUUAAAGAAGUUGGUAUUAGACGAAGAAGAACGCGUUAAGAGAUCAGCGGAGGAUGACGACGGACGUAUCGCCGAAUUAGAGAAAAAAUUGUCUGAGCGUGAGCGCGAGAUCAUCCAGCUGAAAUCGGAGUUAGACAGGCUUGGCAAUGAUCAUGAACACGAUCAACAGAGAAACGAAUUGUACGAGAAACAGCGUGAGCUGGAGAGUCUCAAAUUCACCGUGUCUGAGCUGCAGAGUGAAGUGGCUAAUCUUCGAGGUCUUGAAAGACUAGCUGCCGAGGAUAAAGCGACAAUUGAAAGGCUCGCCUCGGAGAAAGAGAACAUCAGGAGACAAGCCGAAGGCGCAAUCAACGACCUACUUCGGCAAAAAGAAGAGGAAAUAGGUUCUCUGAAAGAUCAAUUAGCGGCGGAGAGACAAAGUCUAUUGGAGCCUCUUAAUCUGAGAGAGCACGAUUUGGAAAAUUUAAAGAUCCAAAUUGAGCAGUUGGCGACGGAACUCGAUGCUUCUUUCGAGUACAGAACGCAGCUAGAAACAGAGCUGGCCGAGCGUGACAGGAGACUGGCCGAAUUGAGUAUCAGUAAGGAUACCGAUAUUUACAACCUCGGUGUUAAGCUUAACGAGACGAACACUCGCCUCGAGGAGCUAUUAGCCUUGAGUGAGGAGGAGCAGCGACAACUGAUCGAAUUAAGACAGUUGCUACAAGUCAAGGAGCAACAGAUGAUCGGUCUACAACAGCAACUUCAAGAGAAGACGAAGGAGUAUGAGUUGAUUCAGCUCGCGCUUCAACGCCACGUUGGCCAGACGGAACAUUCCGCCGAGGUUGAUCAACUACAACACAGCACCAGCGAUUCGAUAGAUACAUCGGCAGCCAACGAACUCGAUGUUGCGCUCUACAUGCUUCACCAGCGGGACGUUCGCUGCGAAGAGUUAACUCUCGAACUGAUGCAGUUACUUGAGGAACGCGAUACUUUGCAGUUGAGGCUAUCGAACGCGAUACGCGUUAACGAAGAACUGAGAAAAUACACGACAACCAGUGGCUCAAGCCCGAAGAAGGAAUCGUCGACUACUGCAUCCCUAGUCGAGGAUCCUUUGCCUUCCAGAUCCGAAGGUCCAGUCGAGAUAGCCAAGGAAGCCAUAAAUUCGCCUAUCGGUGAAGACAAGAAGGCUCUAGCUCUGAAGUUGUCGCAACUGAAAAGCGUGCAUCAUACCAAAGACGUGAGACUACGAGACGAUCGGGAAUUGAGGCACACCCAACAAAUGUCGCUGCUCGCGCACGAAGACGCACUCAAGACUUUGCCGCCCGAAGCUGCGGCUAGACUGGUCAAUGCUAAUUACACUGUCUCGCGGGACGUUCAGAGUCAAUCGAGUGUUCUUCUGAAUUGGCUGUGGGGGAAGAGCACACCGAAGGUGGUACACAUGUGAUUAAAGAAAAAGAGGAGCAGUCGAAGCAAUAAAAAAGCCCGAGCUCGUUCGACCACUUUCAAUUAACAUUCCAGCGUAGAGGAAACAAUCCAAGGCCGAAGAUCGACUGUGAC